UUCCAGGAUUUUCUACCAAGAACCAAGAGAAUGUCAUCAGCGGAUUCAUUGAUACAGGUGUGUUGGCCUUGUUGAUGUAGCAGAUAUUGCAAGUUGAGUCCGGGAUAUGGCCACACUCUUGAUUCAUGCUUCUCUUACUGUUCUCAAUUGAUUGAGUUCUUCACAAGGAUAUGACCACAGUCUCCUAGUUUCAGUGACGUCGGGAUGCCGGAAGUUCCUUCAAGAUGGAAAGGACAAUGCCAAGUUGGAGAAUCCUUUACACAGUCUUCCUGCAACAAGAAAGUAAUUGGAGCAAGAUACUAUCUAAGUGGAUAUGAAGCAGAAGAAAGAAGCCACGGUGACUACAUGAAUGCAGAUAAGGCUGCCGAUUUCAAGUCUCCAAGGGACAGUUCAGGCCACGGUAGCCACACGGCCUCCAUUGCUGCUGGCCGGUAUGUGAGUGACAUGAACUAUAAUGGUCUGGGGGCUGGAGGAGCUCGUGGAGGCGCUCCAAUGUCGAGGAUUUCAGUCUAUAAGACAUGUUGGGACUCGGGCUGCUAUGAUGCCGACUUACUAGCAGCCUUCGAUGACGCAAUUAUCUGUGUCUUUAGGCCCCAAUUAUCCUGA